AUGAAGUAUUUACUACUGGUCUGUUUGUUUUAUGGUGUCUUAGCCAAACAUGAACUCUAUGAUGGGCAUGCUGUUUACGAGAUCGAUGUCCAUUCUGUAGAACAAACGAAACUGGUUCAUGACUUUGAAAAUGAUUUGCUUCUGGAUAUCUGGUCGCAUGCUGUACCUGGUCAUCCAGGAAAGGUCCUCGUCCCUAAAGUCAAAAGAGACAUUUUCGAAAACUUCCUAGUGCAAAAUGGUGUGCAAUACAAAGUCGAAACAGAGAAUAUUAAAGAGCAAUUGGACAAAGAAGAUGAACUUCUAGCAUCUGCUGCAGAGAGGAGCAAUAGUUCGCGCAUCGGCUUUGAAAGAAUGCACACCUACGAAGAGGUUGAUGCCUAUUUAGACGAACUAGCAAGAGAUUACCCAAAUUUUGUAUCUGUGGUCCUAGGAGGUAGAAGUGUCGAAGGCAGACCCAUCAGGUACCUCAAGAUUUCCACCACCAACUUCCAGGAUACCAGUAAACCAAUUGUGAUGAUGCAGUCUCUUCUUCACUGCCGGGAAUGGGUCACCCUGCCAGCAACUCUUUACGCUAUCCGAAAGUUGGUUGUCGAUGUCUCAGAAUCCGACCUUGUCCAGAACAUUGACUGGAUAAUUUUGCCUGUUGCCAAUCCUGAUGGAUAUGUCUUCACCCAAACCGAUCGUUACUGGCGCAAGAACCGUGCUACUCGCUACAUGAUUGCCAACCGUUGUCCUGGCGUGGACCUCAACAGGAACUUCGGCCAUGGUUGGGGCACAGCAUCUAGUUCUAAUCCUUGUCAGGACACCUUCCAUGGAGCAGGAGCUUUCUCUGAACCAGAAACUGAAGUCAUUCGGGACAUAAUUUUGGAACACAGCAGUCGUAUGGCCUUGUACCUCGACAUUCACAGCUUUGGAAGUAUGAUCCUCUAUGGCUACGGUGACGGUGUCCUCCCACCACAUGCCCUACAACUGAAUUUAGUCGGUGUCCAAAUGGCUCAAGCCAUCGACAGAGUCAAGUGGCCCUCCAAUAGGAAUUACAUCGUUGGAAACAUUUUCCAUGUUCUUUAUGCCGCUUCUGGUGGUGCUAGCGACUACGCAAUGAGUGUCGCUGCUCCUUACUCUUACACCUAUGAGUUACCAGCUUAUAGGAACAGUGCAUGGUUCGAUGGUUUCUUGGUAGAACCAGCUUUUAUUGAACAGGCUGGGUAUGAGACAUGGGAAGGUAUCAAGGUAGGCGCUAGGGCCGCUGCUGCUGCAUUCAGAAACGGAAAAGCUGUGUAA